UUUAUGGCGCCCAAAUUUCGAUUUGUGGAUACAACGGCGGGAAGUGCAUGAGUGAUAAGGAAUGCAUUGACGCAUGUCGAUGUUCAUGUUCAUGCAUAUUGGUGGAUCAUCAGUUCGAGAGCUUGAGCCGUUGAGAUUGAAAACGCUGCUUUCUUUUACUCUAGGCGCCUCCCGACCGGACGGCCCCCGGCCCGGCUCGGCCCCGGCCCGACCAUGGGCCGAGACUACACCAUCAGCGGCGUCAAGGUGGCGUUCCCCUUCAACGCCUAUCCGUGCCAGGUCGCCAUGAUGGCCAAGAUCGUCCAGGGGCUGAAGCACGGGCAGAACUGCCUGCUGGAGAGCCCGACCGGCUCCGGCAAGAGUUUGGCGUUACUCUGCGCCGCGCUCGCCUGGCAGCAGGCCGAAGCCGCGAGGGUGGACGAGCACAACAGAAAAAUUGACAUCGAAGAACGGAGUGUGUAG